AUGGAAUAUCUUCCUCCAGAGGUUGUGGUUAACAUAUUAUCAAGGCUUCCUGUAACAUCUCUACUGCACUGCAAGCUUGUAUGCCGAGCCUGGCGCAGCUUAUCAAAAGACCCUCAUCUUGUCAGUAUGCGUUUUUCAUGCGUGGGUAAGAAUGAUCCAAGUCUCAUUUUACACUGUGAUUACCCCAUCCAAAACCAACUUUACUCUCUAGACCUCUCUGCUCAUGAUGAAGAUAAUCUUAGGGUGAAUAAAAUCUGUGUGCCUACGUUGCCUGAGUAUGAGGUGAUAGGAUCAUGCAAAUGCUUGCUGUGCUUAUGUGAUUCACUAACAAAAACUCAAUUCUAUAUAUAUAAUCCUUUCACCAGGGACCACAAACAGUUGCUCAAAUCUAUAGAGUUUCCGAUUCGUGAAGUGGCAUUCCGAUUCGGAUUUGGUUCUCACCCGAUAACAAAAGAGUACAAGGUGUUAAAGAUUGUGUAUCAUAGGACUAAACCUCGAACUGUACGCAAUCCUGUUCAAAUUUAUCGGCCAGAAUCACAGGUUCAGAUUUUCACGCUAGGUAGCCCUGCUUGGAGAAGCCUAGGGAAAAUCCCUUACGUUCUUCGUGAAAUAUCAUCACAGGUCCUGGUGAGCGGAAGGCUUCAUUGGCAGACUUGGCCACAGAGGUAUGGUCCAGAUCGCUCGCUCAUCUCCUUUGACCUAGCAGACGAGCAAUUUCGAGUUGUUCCAAAACCCACUUGUGGUGGCUUAGAUGGGUGUAGUUUUUCUCUAGUGGCUUUAGGAGGUUGCCUUUCUGCAGCUGUGAGCCAUAAAAAUGGUCAAAUUGAGAUUUGGGUAAUGAAGGAUUAUGAUGUUAAGGAGUCUUGGACCAAGGACUUCAGUAUUGGUACUCAUGUGCCAAGAGGAUUGGAAAAGAAAGUGCCCAAAUCUUUUAGGGCUUCAAAGUUCUUUAAUCAUUUCCCAAUUAUCCGUGUCUUAUGCCUUAUGAAAAACGGUAACAUCUUGUUGGUGUAUAAAGGCAGAGCUUUGGUUUCUUAUGAUCCAAUAAUGGGAACAUUUAGGGAUAUUAUGUUCGAUGGAAUGCCUAACUGGUUUGAAGCAGUUGUUCAUGAGGGUAAUCUCACUCUCAUUGAUAUAUAG